AUGGCCCGUCUGUACCUGUUGCACGUGCACAAGCUCCACAUACUCGAAUCACCCCCAAUACAGCCUUUGGAUCGGAAAUCUGUGGGUCUCAAAUGUAACGAUGCUCUUGAUGGAGUCAUAACGUUACCGUCGGGACGAACCCUUCGCAAACUGGACCAUGCUCCUCCGAUGAACCGGCGCACGUGGGAAGCUCCUCCGAGGGUGGACAGGCUCAACGGCAGCAUUCCUGGCACAACUCUCAGCGACAGACAUAUUGUAGCAGAGACAAUGUACAUAAUGAAACCAAUUGUUCACUUGGGCAGUAUGUGCGUGUUUGGAGAGAAAUCAUGGAAGCCUUGGUUGAUUUCCAUAACAAUAGAAUACAUUAGCUUGCAGCGAUUAAAAUCCUUUAAAAAUCUCACACCUCAGCAACGUUUGGUGUUGUCAAAACGAUCACUAAAUUUGGCCAUGUAUAUAGUGAGAUCACCAUUCUUUGAGAACUAUUCAGAAAAACAUAUCCGUUUAUUCUUACACUGGUUUGUUAACUCAGUGCCGUUAGUUGGCCCACUCAUGCGGCCUUUCCUAGAAUACAUGAAACAAUGGCAAGAAACAUAUUUUUACCUUUGGUCUGUCUAA